AUGACUACACAAACGCAGACGCAAACUACUCCACACCCAACGAAAGUCAUCGCAACCUCUGCAAUUCCUAGGGGCCCUGUGACGAGCACACUGAAUUUCUAUCAGCCCCCUGCCGACGGAUCAAGACCCUAUAAUUACGUCGAAGCGCCACCCGAGGGGCAACUGCCGCGUAAUUACAGUGAUACGUUUGUGGAUGUCACAAUAAAUGAUGUCCGAGGACGUGAGACCGACUUUCACAUCGACGUGAAUGCGUUCGCAGCUUUGAAGGAUGUUCCGGAAAGCGCUGAGCACGACUUUCAAGAUGACGCCUCUAUACAGGCGAAAUACUACCCAGAAGUUGAGAAGCUGCUACUCGAUAAUGCCCCUGGAUCAAAGCGAAUCUUGAUAUUCGAUCACACUGUACGUCGCGCUGAUCCGAACGCAAAGCGCGCACCUGUGACAAAGGUCCAUAUCGACCAAACUACGAAGUCUGCUGAGGCUAGGGUUCGAUUUCACCUACCCAACGAGGCGGAGGAGCUUUUGAAGGGCAGAGUACGACUGAUCAAUGUGUGGCGACCCAUCAAUGGGGCCGUCGAGUCUUCACCCCUGGCAUUUGCCGACUCGACAUCAAUCCCAGACGAUGCGCUUGUUGGGAUUGAACAUCGCUAUCCUGACCGUACUGGGGAGACUGCUGCCGUGAAACCCACGGAAGGCCAAAGAUGGCAUUACUGGAGUGGGAUUGACAAUAACGAGAGGAUUCUACUGCAGUGUUACGAUAGCCAUGGCAAUCAUGCCAGAGUACCUCAUACGGCUUUCGUCGACCCUAGGAGCACUGCUGGGAGGCAUUGCUCUUCGGAUGAGCUGGAGGGUUGA